AUGGUUGAACUUAAAGCAGUAGUGUCAAAGUUUGUGGUGAUAAGUUCAAAUUUGUCAGUGUCGUUGCAUCGUUUCGACGACCGAUAUUUGCUCGCGCUGUCGGACGAGUCGGAAGAAAUUAAUUAUCAAGUUUUCCGAGUUUUUGCGUGCGCUAGUUCGGAUACUUCACUCACGGUGUUGUAUAAAUUAGGAUAUUUCGACGGCUAUGACGAGUUACUUCAUAUCGCGGUUGAAAUAGUAGAAAUGCGUCAAGCAUUUGGACACGAGGAAGAGGACGUGAAAGGGCAUAUAGUCUUUAUGCUCUCGAAUUAUAGAAAUGGAAACCAAUUAACUGCAUCACCACCACCACCACCACCGGAAAUCUCACGCAAGAGUCUCCCGUUCAGAGUCGAAAACGUCCUGCAGAAGAAGAACAAGAAGAAGAACCGGAAUGUGCACGAAAAAUGCGAAUUGAGAACGAUGAAGAUACAAAGGGAAAUCAACUGCGGAUAGUACGGAGUCGCCAGAUG